CAGAAGGGAACUCACAAACCAGGCUGGCAACGACGUCUCGAAUCACUAUGCUAAUGAGGACACAGGGGGCACCGGUAAACCGGAAACCGACCGCCAGUGCGGGCUGCAGGCACCGCGCUCCUCCCUCAACCCAGGUGUCCAUUUCUUAGCUGACACCCGGCCCAUUCGCGUCCUGUGCGUCUGGGGGCUUCCCGUGCUGGGCACCAGAGCUGGAAAGGCCAAGACCAUGACACACGGGAAGCAGGAGGAAGAUCAGACUUACUGCGACCGCCUGGUGCAGGACACGCCGUUCCUGACAGGCCAGGGGCGCCUGAGUGAGCAGCAGGUGGACAGGAUCGUCCUUCAGCUGAACCGUUACUACCCACAGGUCCUCAACAACAAGGAGGCCGAAAAGUUCCGGAACCCCAAGGCGUCACUGCGCGUGCGGCUCUGUGACCUCCUGAGCCACCUGCAGCGGAGCGGUGAGCGGCACUGCCAGGAGUUCUACCGAGCCCUGUACAUCCACGCCCAGCCCCUGCACAGCCACCUGCCCAGCCGCCACAGCUUGCAACACUCAGAUUGCACAGAGCUCGACUGGGGCAGCGAGAGCCACGGGCUGAGUGACAGGGGACCCAUGAGCUUCCUGGCAGGCCUCGGCCUGGCCACCGGCCUCGCCCUACUGCUCUACUGCUGCCCUCCAGACCCCAAGGUGCUGCCCGGGACCCGGCGCAUCCUGGGCUUCUCGGCCGUCAUCAUUGACAGGCACGUCAGCCGCUACCUCCUGGCCUUCCUAGCAGACGACCUUGGGGGGCUGUGACGGAGCAGACACCAGGCCUCGCCCACUGCACAACCAAAGAGUCCCCUCCCUCCGCUGCCUGCUGCAGGGCUGGCACCUCUUUUUCUAAAUGUUUCCUUUUCAUUAUUUAUAAUUUCUCCACGAAGCACAUCACCUUCACCCUACAAGGUGCUUGAUGAUAAUAAAUGCUGAGUCCUCUC